UCGGCGGCGUGAGAUUCACGACUCCGCUUUUGCGGUUCUUCUGUCCAAGGUUCUGCUGUCACAUCUCCGGGGUCUUCCUUCCGUGACGCGCGGACCUGACCGAGGACUGGCUGCGAACAGGCCGGUGAUGAUGACGUCAGAGAGCCUGGAUCAGAGUGAUGAUGUCAGCAUCCUGCCCCCGCAUGACGUGGACCCCCACAGAGAGGAUGACGCUCACUGCCCGCUGCCUUUCAGACUUCAACUGAUCGAUGAUUUAACUUAUGAAGAUGUGAAGAAAUGCUACAGGGGAUCAACUGUCAGCAAGUACAACUCUCAGUACCACAAGCUGUUCCAGACUGUUCCCAAAGAGGAGAUCCUGAUGAAAGUGUAUUCUUGUGCGCUGCUGAGGGACAUCCUGCUGCAGGGCCGCCUCUACAUCUCCAGAAACUGGCUGUGUUUCUAUGCAAAUCUCUUUGGGAAAGACAUCAAAGUCUGUAUUCCAGUGGUGUCAGUCCGACUGGUGAAGAAGCACAAGACAGCAGGGCUGGUACCCAACGGUCUGGCCAUCACCAUGGACACAGGCCAGAAGUACGUGUUUGUGUCCUUGUUGUCCAGGGACAGCGUCUACGAUGUUCUGAGGAGGAUCUGCACACACCUGCAGGUCAAUGGGAAGAGUCUGAGCCUGAAGCAGUUCCUGGAAGAGCCCGCCUCCCUCUCCAUGGAUGAGUUUCCUGAAGUGUUGAAAUGGAGGAGAAAGCCGUCACUUCCCGCAGUGUCCUCGUCCCUUCCAGAUCUUCUGGGCGACUCGACCCCCGACCUCACCCCCGACACCCCCUUCAGCACUCACACACUGACAGACAGCAGCCUCGAACCAGAGAAGAUUCUGCUGACAGAACCAGUGCCAGAACUCGGUCACAUGGAGUAUCAGCUCCUGAAACUUUUCAUCCUGCUUGUCGUCCUCCUGGUCCUGUCUUCCUGCUACUUGGCCUUCAGAGUUUGUCGCCUGGAGCAGCAGCUGAGUUUCCUGAACAGUCAGCCGACGCUGCGAGACAAGUGUGGAGACGUGCCCUGCUGGCUUGCCAACCAGAAGACCUGACCUGGUUCCACGCAUGUGAACUUAUAGAUGAUCAGAUCAGAAGGCGCCGGCGAGGUAGCGCCACACUGCAGGAGGCGUCAGCUGCUUCAGUUACCAUAGAGACGUUACAGUAGUCUACACUCUGUCUAACCUCUGACCUCUAAGUGUGUGCUUGCAUGUGUUUACCAGACAGUAAGUUCGACCACUGACUGGAGCAGAGCUUAAGGAAGGAAAGACCCCAUCUAGUGGUGGAACUCUGGAUUACAUUGUUUCAUUUACAAUCUCUUCCUGCGGUGGCGGGUCUUCCUCUGACACUUCAAUAGCAGCAACAUUUUUAAGAAUUUCUUGUCAAAGUAGUGACAAAGCCAUAACACUUUAUGCAGCUUCAACCCGGACUAAACUAAACUCGAUCUCCUCAGGAUGACUCUGUUAAAGCGUGGCCUUCAACGUGUUGCCUCGGCUUUGUUUUGUUUUGUUCUUCUGAAGGUGUUUUUUUUUCACCUGAAUGUAAAUCCUGCUGCAAGCCGACUGUUUCUGUGUAUCUAGUGCCAAAUCAGGGAAUCCACAAGUUGAGAGGAAGACGAGAUGAAGUUCAUGAUCUUGUCCUUAAUUUUUAAAUUCAACUACUGGGAAUGUGUGGAUGCGGUUGGAGAAAAACCCCAUUGGAGGUUCUGACAGGAAGUGUUCCUGAGUCAUCCUGUUAUUGGAGAGUUGGCCGUGAGGGAUGGUGGUUAGUUGGAGAGAUUGAGGUCACUGCAGAGGGAAGUUAGAGGACGAAGCUGUGCACAUCGACAUGGCAGUCGAAUAAAUGUGGGUUUCUUUUGAAGCUGAAUUAUUCCAAACAAGCAGGCUGGAAAGAAAGACUGGUAACCGCUGACACGUGUUGUGUGGUGGCUGCUGCCAGCUGGAGUCAGCUCUUCUGAGGGUCAGCACUUUGAGGAGUCACCCGCUUCUUGUCGUGUCAGCCAGUUAGAGGGUGAGGAGGACCACGUGGCCUGUCCUGUUGGUUCAUUUGAGAGGUGACCUGUGUCUGGAAGUUCACUUGUUAUAGUCCAGAUGGAGGACGGUUUUAGGGUGAUCACCUGCCUGUUUGAGAGCUACUUGUGGUGUCACUCAUUUGUUGUAGCAUCACUCAGUGGAGGACAGAUCAGGCAGAGUCUGCACAUCAACUGUUGGAGAGUUAACCUGCUGGCGAGCAGCUAUUGAAAGGCUGAUGUUUAGGAAAUGAAGUGUUUGGUCUGACUGGUUCUGACCCGUAUUUAAGUGAAGUGAUCGUCGUAAUUGAAAUGUUCCAGUCAGCAGAUCCGAUGAGGGAAAGCUGGAUAUGAUGUUUAUUUCUCUUCUCUUCACUCUGAACUGUAACAAAACAAAUGCUAAUAAAUAUUU